AUGGGGAUGAAGGUUCUCCAAGCCAACAUCCACCACCGUAGAAGUGGCACCACAAACCUCACCAAGAAAUUUCUUGAUGAGGAUUUUCACCUGGCCCUGAUCCAAGAAUCUUGGCUUGUCAGGGGAAAAAUCAGGGGCCUGAAAGGAACAAAAGGUAAGCUCCUUUAUAAUCUUAAUAGUGAAGCUAGAGCAUGUAUCCUAAUAGAUAAAGAUAUUAAGGUUCUACCUCUAACAGAUUUUAUUCAUAGGGAUUUAACAGCAGUGAAAGUCAGACUCAACAUAGAGGGAAGAGACCGAGAAAUUGUUUUUUGCUUAGUCUACCUACCCUAUGAAGAGAAGGCUCCACCUGAUCAAACACUGCACAAACUCCUGCAGUUUUGUGCAGAAAACAGCUUGCAGGUAGUCUUAGGGCUGGACUGCAAUGCUCACCAUACUGUCUGGGGCAGCACAGACACAAAUAAGAGAGGUGAGUGUCUCUUAAAAUUUAUUCUUAAUUACAAUUUAGAUAUUUUGAACAAAGGCAAUGACCCUACUUUCAUAACUUCUAAUCGUUCUGAAGUAAUUGACAUUACUAUAGCAACACCGGCUAUUAGUAAAAAUAUCACGAAAUGGAAAGUAGAUGGGAGACCAUCAGGUUCCGACCAUCAAAACAUCCAUUUUUAA